CGCACGGAGCUGUGUUUCACCAAGUGAACAGAGAGCGCAGUUGGUUUUCGGGAAUAGGCGUAGGUGUUUUCCACGGCCGCAGUUUGCGCAGCGCCGGGUCGCCCGUAACGUAAGUGAAGCGGGUUGGGGCGGCGGUAGCCAUUUUGUGCCGGGAGACCGGAGGAAGAAGACGGUGGUGUCUCCACACUUCACGGGCCCUGGAGCCGACCGAGAGCCCCGCUGUUCCCUCUGCCGACGUUCAGCGGGUCUCUGACCCACUGACCUCUUCUUCUCCUUUUGUAUCCCACCAAAGAAGCGAGGUGGCGCAAAGCGAUUCCUCCGAGACACAGCCGCCCCUGGCUGGACCGUCUCCCCGUACCCCCAGUCCCUCGCCGUCCCCACGGCCGGCGUUCCGUUGCCUCUCUCCCACCCCUCCGGGUGCGAUGAGAGGCUUCGGGGACCGGGGUCGCGACCGAGACCGCGGCGGGUUUGGAGCAAGUCGUGGAGGUCCUCUUCCUCCAAAGAAGUUUGGUAAUCCAGGGGAACGUCUACGUAAGAAAAAAUGGGAUUUAAAUGAACUGCCCAAGUUUGAGAAGAAUUUCUAUGUGGAACAUCCAGAAGUGGCCAGACUUACUCCGUAUGAAGUUGAAGAACUGCGAAGAAAGAAAGAGAUAACAAUUCGAGGAAUGGAGGGCUGCCCCAAGCCUGUGUUUGCCUUUCAUCAGUGUAGCUUUCCACAGUAUGUGAUGGAUGCCCUGAUGGACCAGAACUUCACAGAGCCCACUCCAAUUCAGUGCCAAGGCUUUCCGCUAGCCCUCAGUGGUCGCGAUAUGGUGGGCAUUGCACAGACUGGCUCUGGGAAGACAUUAGCAUACUUGCUGCCUGCAAUUGUUCACAUCAACCACCAGCCAUACUUGGAGAGAGGGGAUGGCCCGAUUUGCCUGGUUUUAGCACCUACUAGAGAGUUGGCCCAGCAAGUGCAGCAGGUGGCUGAUGAUUAUGGCAAGUGUUCAAGACUGAAGAGUACCUGCAUAUAUGGAGGAGCUCCCAAAGGUCCCCAAAUCAGAGAUCUAGAAAGAGGUGUGGAGAUCUGCAUUGCUACACCAGGUCGCUUGAUCGACUUCCUUGAGGCAGGAAAGACAAACCUUCGUCGUUGUACAUACCUGGUGCUGGAUGAAGCAGACAGGAUGUUGGACAUGGGAUUUGAACCUCAAAUCCGUAAAAUUGUUGACCAGAUAAGGCCUGACAGACAGACCCUGAUGUGGAGUGCCACCUGGCCAAAAGAAGUGCGCCAGCUUGCCGAGGACUUCCUGCAGGACUAUGUUCAGAUCAAUGUAGGAAACUUGGAGCUGAGUGCCAAUCACAAUAUCCUGCAGAUAGUGGAUGUCUGCAUGGAAAGCGAGAAAGACCAUAAACUGAUACAACUGAUGGAAGAAAUAAUGGCAGAGAAGGAAAACAAGACCAUCAUCUUUGUGGAGACAAAGAGGCGAUGUGAUGAUCUCACUCGAAGGAUGCGCAGAGAUGGUUGGCCAGCUAUGUGUAUCCAUGGAGACAAGAGUCAGCCAGAAAGAGAUUGGGUGCUUAAUGAGUUUCGUUCUGGAAAGGCUCCUAUCCUCAUUGCUACCGACGUUGCAUCUCGUGGGCUAGACGUGGAAGAUGUUAAAUUUGUGAUAAACUACGACUAUCCGAACAGCUCCGAAGAUUACGUGCACCGUAUUGGCCGUACCGCACGUAGUACCAACAAAGGUACUGCCUACACCUUCUUCACACCAGGAAACCUGAAACAAGCCAGAGAGCUUAUCAAGGUGUUGGAAGAAGCCAAUCAAGCCAUCAAUCCCAAACUGAUGCAGCUUGUGGACCACAGAGGAGGCGGAGGUGGUGGUGGAGGAGGUCGUUCUCGUUACCGAACGAGCAGUUCAGUAAACAACCCUAACCUGAUGUACCAGGAGGAGUGUGACAGGAGGCUCCGGGGAGUGAAAGAGGGCCGGAGAGACUCGGGUGGCUUCAGAGACCGUGAGCGUGGUGACAGUUUUGCCAACGGAGCCAACAAGACCUAUGGCAGUGCCUACGGGAGCCCAAAUUCUGCCUUUGGGGCAGCACAGAGCCAGUAUGGUUACACUCAAGGGAGCUAUGGAGCAGCUGCUGCUUAUGGCACGGGUAGCUAUGGCACUGCAGAGUACAGUGCCAGUGGCUACGGUGCCAGCACCACAGCUGCCACCGCUGGGAGAACCUCACAGAGCACUACCCAACAGCAGUAUGCAGGGAUGGUGGGGCGCUCAGGCCAGCAGCCACAGCCACUCAUGUCACAACAGUUUCCACAGCCCCCUGGCACUAAUGUGAUGGGCUAUAUGGGACAGACUGCCACCUACCAGUAUCCACCACCUCCCCCGCCCCCUCCCCCCACACGCAAAUAAGACCACUUGCUGGUGACCAGUGUAGACCUCUUGCAUUUAAAAGAACCUUUUCUUUCUCUUCUUUGCCCUUGUGAUGUCUUUUUUUCAUGCAGGUUAGGCUUAGAAUGCACCAUUCAAAUCACUCAAGCCCACAAAAAAUGGCCCCCAGUCCACAUUACUGACUGUCUUCUUUUUUCUUUUUCCUUUUUUUUUUUUCUUUUUUUUGAGAGCUAUAGUUGACUGGAAAAUUUAUUAUUUUUUUGUCUUGCAUGUUGAGGUAAUUGGAAAUUUUAUUUUCUCCUAAAGAAAUGAGUAUAAGGCAGAUAGGUCCCAGCUCAAUCAUCUUGGUGUCUAAGGUUUGUGUGAAAACUUGCUUUGGAGGGGGUGAAGUUUCUAUUCUGUAAUACUAACUUAAUUUCAGGAAGUAUCAAGAGAGGUGGGAAACCUUGGGGAGCCAAAAAGCACUUCAUUUAAAAUGAUAGCAAGGGAGCAAUGCUCACUUCUCUAAAUCUUAAUUAUUUUUUUGAUAGCUCACUAUUAUUGCUUGUAAUCUAACGUAGGUAACUAUAUAUAGGAAAACUCUGCUCAUUUGACUGAGCUGGGUGGUGUUCAGAGGAACGCCCCAGGUACAUUGCUGGUGUUUACUGCAAAUUCUGGUACCUAUAGCAGCCUGCAGUAGGGAAGUUGGGAGUAAAUUCCCCCUCCUCUAGUGUCAGAAAACCAGAUAGUCCCUAUAGGUACCACUGCUGUAAUGUAUAGCCAAGUAAGUUCUUUCCCUCCAAUUGUUAAAAUGCAGCAUUGCCAAUGCAUGGAGCCUGGUUAUCCUUAAAAUUAGUUUCUGCUCUCAAAUCCGUGUUUGGUUUAUUGAGAGAAGACUUUUUCUUUUUUGAGAGCACAGAAACUAAGCAGAUCCGAGAUGAUGAACAGCAUAACCUCAUCUGUCUGUCCUUCAUGAACAAACUGCCUUUUGCCACGGGGAACGUUCUGAAUGCCACUUUACUGAAUAAAAUAUGACAGAGUUUUCCACACUUAAACUUCAAAGGUUUGAAUAUCGUGGGAUGGGAGGGAGGAUAAGGGGAGGAAGAGGGAGGGAGGAGAUUGCCUGGAAUCUCCAUGAGGUAAGCGGUGAGCUGGUUAGUUUGUCUUGAUUCUGAAGCUUUGUUUCUUUUGUACCUCACUCUUGACUUGCUUUUCCUGGCUUUUGGGUGCAUUUCCCUGCUCCAUUGGUCCCUUUGAGCUGAGCUCUUGCAGGUAGGUAGCAUUUUAGAAAAUGUUAGAGAUGAGUGAAAUUUUAGUAAAUACGUAAAUAAAACUUGUUUAUUUUACAGGCUAAGGUGGGUGUGAGGGGGUUUCUGCUUUAGUAAAGCACGUUAACUUGUUACUUCUGAUACCAGACGGUUCAGAGACAGUAGAUGAUAAAAGGAGUUGGUUGCUAUUGGUCUGAUAAUAUGACAAAAGAAUAGAUGAUUCUGGUUUGUGAAGCAUAAUCUUUGCUUUAUAAGAGUGCAAGCUUUUGCGUUUGGUUUGUGGUUUUUUUUCUGUUGGCAUUUUUGCAUAUGGAUGAACAAAGCAGCCCACUCCUUCUGUAGCAGAGUGGAACUUAAUAUAGCCCAGGAAAAGAGCUUGCUUAUACAGAAAUUAUUUCUUUUUUUAUUUAAUUUCUUCCCAGAGUAAAAUUUUUGGGGAUGAAUGCACAUUUUCUUUGUGCAGUACACAGGUAGGUUGCUGACAUGGAGGAGGGAAAGAUCUUCCAGACCUUUGGUUCCCUCAUCCCAUGUUCUAAUUCCAGUGCUUGGGCAGGAAGUUCAUUUUGCGUGUGUUAGGUGAAAGCCAGAAACAUGUCAUUUAUCCAGGCACUGACUGAUUUGUCUUUAACCUCCCUCACAAGCAGAUGUAGUUUUGUUCUGUUUUGUUUUAAAUUUGUGACUUCAGUGCAGAAUUGUGUUUGAGGGGUGUAGGAGUAGGACAUCUGACUGGCUUCAAAAAAGGGUCUCUGGACCGCCAAAGCUGCCUUACAGUCUGUUACAGCUUCUGCUGCUUUCGGGAGAGACUUGAGCACGCGUAACCAUCUUUGCCAAGUCCUGCAGUGUUUUAUUGCCAUUGAAGUCAGCUGAAGUCCAGGGGCUUGGUUCACUUCAGAGUGUUAACCAGACUGUUGAAUGCAUCAAUGCACCAUGGCAUGUGCUGCCCCUGUCCCACCUGGUGCUCUCUGCUCUGUUCCAUAUUAUCAGCUGGAGGGCCCUUGUUGAUAAAGCAUUAGCUUCUAGUAUUGUUUGCCUUGUUUUCAAUCUGUAAAAAGUUUGUGGGAGUGUCAUAUGAGUAGGGUGAAUCCUCCCACUUCCUCAAGCAAUUUAAUGUUUGGACUUCUCUGAACAAUGGAAGGGUUUAGUGGCUUUGUGUGGGAUCAGCAUCCUGUUUCACACACCUGCUGGUCUUUGAACACAUUCCUGUUCUAUUAAUGAAGACCUGAGAGUCUUCAGUUGAAGAAUUGAGAGAGUCAUAGAUCUGUGGUGUUCAGGCACAGGAUACUAAGAGCUAUGUUACUAUUCUUAGUUUGUAAAUUGUCCUUUUGAUACCAUCUUGUUUUCUUUUGUAGGUAUAAAUAAAAACACUGUUGUCAAUAAA